AUGGAGGCGAAGCAACUUUGGGAGCCUCGGCCGCAUCGGAGCGCAACUCAGCAAGCCAAGGGAGUUUUUUGUCACUUUCCGCACAACUUUGCUGAGGAUGCCGGGGCCUACACCAGCGCGAGCAAAGGCAGUCCAUCCACGCCAGGUGGCAGCGAGAUCCAGUUUAACGCGAGAGAUGAUAAGGUCAUCUGCCUCAGCAGUGCCGUCAUGGAUGCGCUCGGCAAGAAAGCGCAAGCCUUGAAGGUGUUAGACACGCAGCUCGGGGACUUCGGCUGGGGUGAGCAGCUGGGCUUGACCCUAACCAAGCGCACGCCGGGCAUGCUCUCGUGCUAUGACGGCAAGACCGUUCCUGACGCUCAGUAUGGCUUCCAUGUUGACAACCCAUACCUGACAAACAUGGGCGUCCCAGAUGACGGCAGGAGGUUAACGCUUGUCUACUACAUUGCCGACGGGCCGUGGAAUGUCGAACAGGCGGCGGUUGAUCUUCCUGAGAAGUUCGAGGUGUGCCUCUCGGAUCCCAGAAGGGCUCCGAGCUCCACUGCCGAGGCCUUGACUCACGACCUCUUCACGGUUGCCCCAGAGGGGGACACACUGGUCGCCUUCUUCUCGCACACCAUGUUCCAUGCAGUGCUGCCGGUGAGUGGGAGGAAGCCGCGCUUCGCCCUCUCCACCUGGUUUAUGGGGUGCUGA